UGAGCAGAGUUUGGCUAUGAAUAUCUAGCCGUAAUCGCAACGCAUUUAUCUUCAUUUCCCUGCCCAGUGGUCAUUUAAGAAAGUAAAACACGUUUUUUGGUCCCUCUAGUAAAAGUGGAACCAUCAUUCGCCCGUCGCCCUAAGUGCGUAUUGCGAGCGAAGUGCCCUUUAUCCGCUGCUUCUUUCUCUGCUACCUCUUCCUGGCUGCAGCAGUCGUGCUGGUGUGCCGUUGUCAUAAAGUGUGAGUUUGAAGGGAGGCGGGUCCACAGCAGCACCAGCAGCAGCAACACAGCAAAAUAACAAGAAGAAUCAACCCGGGACGCACGUCCACAGCCACCAUACCAAGCAAAGCGUAAGCACAAACCCCACAGGCCGAGGGUUGCAGCAGUAGUAGCAACAGCAGCAGCAGCAGCAGAAUGCAAACAAUAAAGUGCGUGGUCGUUGGUGACGGUGCGGUCGGUAAGACCUGCCUGCUCAUUUCCUACACGACCAACAAAUUUCCAUCCGAGUACGUACCGACCGUGUUCGACAACUACGCCGUCACGGUCAUGAUCGGUGGCGAACCCUACACGCUCGGUUUGUUUGACACAGCUGGCCAGGAAGAUUACGAUCGACUACGACCACUGUCGUAUCCACAGACCGAUGUAUUUUUAGUGUGCUUUUCCGUCGUGAGUCCCAGUUCGUUCGAAAACGUUAAAGAAAAGUGGGUACCAGAAAUAACGCACCAUUGCCAGAAAACGCCGUUCCUGCUGGUGGGCACGCAGAUCGAUCUGCGCGACGAAAACAGCACACUGGAGAAGCUGGCUAAGAACAAACAAAAACCCAUCACCCUCGAGCAGGGUGAGAAGCUGGCGAAGGAACUGAAGGCGGUGAAGUAUGUCGAGUGUUCGGCGUUGACCCAGAAAGGGCUGAAGAACGUGUUCGACGAAGCAAUCCUGGCGGCGCUGGAACCCCCAGAGCCGACGAAAAAGAGGAAGUGCCGAUUUUUGUAAAAAACAACAACAACUACCAACCCAUUACCCGUUUUUGGUGGAGCAACAAAAAUUAUUUAGCACGUGGAAGGGAGAAAGAGAGAGAGAGGUUAGUUGUGUGGGUCGGCCCACACAGUAAAACAUAGCUUCCUCUCAUCAUUGUCCUCGUCAUAAUCAUUGGAUCCUUUCUAAUUAUGUUCUUCUUAACUUUCGGUUUUAUUCACUUUUGUCCUUUCGCCGCUGCCGCGUGUUGCGCCACGGUCGUCAGGAUUUUGCAGUCAUUUUGAAUUUUUUAGCGACGAUGGAGAAAGAGAACGGCAUCGCACCACCACUAAACCUAGCCAAUACGUGCGUGCGUGCGUGUGUGCGUGUCAGUGUGUUUUGCCCUAUUUCGUUUCUUUUACUAUCUUUCCCCUCUGAUAAGCCUGCCGCCCGUGUGUGCCGCGUUUGAUACAGAGGCACCCUGGAAAAAACGGGGGAACAUAAUCGUCUCCGUCGCUGCUGGGUAAUCCCUUGGGUCCUAAUCCCUUCCCCCCUCGCCUCGUUACAACAGUAAUUGUUGUAAGCGUAGCAGUGUAAACAAAUAUGCAGAAAACACAACCUCAACAGAAAUGAAAGAUAGAUGCUAACAAACAGGAAGGAAAACAAGUAGAAAUCAGCGCAUUAAAAACAAAUCCCUAUAAAACGCGAUUUGCGCAAAGAACAACAAGCUCUCCGGAGCAACACACACACACACACAACUAAUGAUAAAUUUUGCUAAAUAAGGUGGAAGAACAACUAGAAGUGAAGGUGGAGCAAAACAGUACAGAAACCUUGUUGUGCUGGGUUUCCUUCCUUUUGUCACUAAAACAAAACAAAAAAAAAAACAAAUGCAAAAGCACACACAUACGAGGGCUGAAACUGUGUGCAGUGUGUAUAACGUGCGGGGCAAGCUUUAGCUAAGUUUGAGAUUGAUAAAAAAGGCCAACAUUACCUAUACGAUAGGGAGGGAAAGACAAAGAAAGAAAACAGUAAAAAAAUAUAUAUAUACAUAGCAAGCGAAGUAUAAAAAAGCGCAUUAAAUACUAAGUUUAAAUACUGAACACAAAUACUGACGGUGCAAAGAAACGAGCAAACUAACAAAACUAACUGAAGAGAAUAGUAAAGCAGGAAGAAACAAAGCACUCCCUUCCUUCCUUCCUUCCUCAUCCUCCUCCCCAGUUCCAUAGCUGCUCGAUAAAGUGUUGAGCGCCUGAUCAAGCGGUUUUUUUAGGAAGACUGGACCGGCUUACGCUCAUUCCUGUCCGGCUUUUGGUGCGUGAUGUAUUCCAAACAGGGACUCCGCACCAUGGGGAGAGAGAUCGCAAUAUUAAGAAAACCAUACCACGACAGAAACAAAAACGGUCGAUGCAACCAGAGAUGAGUGCGAACACACCGACACUUUCCUCUAAACUUACACAGUUUAUACAGACAGCUUUUUUACAACAUAAUGUUACGAAAGUUAUUAGUGUACCGAUGAAAGGAGAUUCAACCAAGAGA